AUGUCCGACACAGAGCAGGAGUGGAAGCCGUCGGGGAAGGUUCGGCCGCAGUCGACCAUGGCCCAGGCCUUCUCCUCGGCCUUGGAUAACGCGUUCAUGCUCGACAGUGAUGUCAACCACCUCUCGCAGACCAUUGACCAGAAGAAGCAACACAUGAUCAUCCAGAGCCGUGAACUCGAGGCUCUGCAAGCGCGCAUCCGCGAGGCCGAGGAGCGCCUCAAGUCGCAGUCUAGCCACUUCACAUCGGCAUCGCAGACAAACGAAAGUGGACGGGACCACGAAUCCGCUCCCCAAGAAGAACCCACCAGCAACGAGCAUCAGCAGACGUACGAGCAGAAGGGCAAUGAGUCGUGA